UUAUAAAAGAGUACUGGAACGGAAUCCCGCUACAGGGCUAGUUGCUUCAAAUACCCACCCACACACGCAGUGUCCGCGUCACUCAAACUAAACACAAACACAGUCUCUCUCUUUUUACCUCUUUCUCUCGCGCUAUCACUGCGUCAAAAACCACGAGAAGAGGAACAACAUGCAGAUCUUCGUCAAGACUUUAACCGGAAAGACCAUCACUCUCGAGGUUGAGAGCAGCGACACCAUCGACAACGUCAAGGCCAAGAUCCAGGACAAGGAAGGUAUCCCUCCUGACCAGCAGAGGUUGAUUUUUGCUGGUAAGCAGCUGGAAGAUGGCCGCACUCUUGCUGAUUAUAACAUUCAAAAGGAAUCAACGCUUCACUUGGUCCUGAGGCUCAGAGGAGGAACCAUGAUUAAAGUGAAGACUUUAACUGGAAAGGAAAUUGAAAUUGACAUUGAGCCAACUGAUACAAUUGACCGUAUCAAGGAACGUGUAGAAGAAAAAGAGGGAAUUCCACCAGUGCAGCAGAGGCUCAUAUAUGCUGGUAAACAGCUUGCUGAUGACAAAACAGCUAAAGAGUACAACAUUGAGGGUGGUUCUGUCCUUCACUUGGUGCUUGCAUUGAGGGGUGGUGCUUAUUAAUGUAGAAUGCACACCUGAAUUCAAGAAAUUAGCUUGUUCAGGCUUGGUCAUUUUCUAGUUGUUGGUAAAUGUUUGAAUUGCUUCUGAACCUAAAGACAUGAAAGGAAGCUUUAUACUGUCCGUCUCUGAGGACAUGGUUGUUUUUUUAUAUGCUUGGUUUUUGUAAUUUUGGGGAUUUUAUUGGUGGUCGGUACCUAUUGGUUAUAUGCUUUUAAACCCAAAAAUUGGCAACUUAA